CAUCACAGCAGCCCACGCGGAGCGCCGCACAAGCUUCAAGCCACGCCCGGACUCUUACUUCCCCGCACGAGAGCGCGCACCGUGCAGCACCAGGGGCCGUGCCCCUUGAGCAACGGCACCCCAAGCAGGAGCAGGCACCAUGCCGCCGCGCCGUGCCUCCGGGUCCGCAGCUGCGGCAUCCAGCAGCAAUGCACCUGUCGCCGCGCCGCAGAAGGGCGGCGCCAACAGCCGCCUCGACCGGCUCGUGACGCUGCUCGACACCGGUUCGACGCCCGCCGUGCGCUCGCUCGCGGCCCGGCAGCUGGCGCAGAUCGCCGGCAUGCGCGUGGGCCGUGGCGACGGCGCCCUCGCCGGCACGUCGUCCUCGUCUGCCGCGGCUCGCGCCAACCUGGCCGCAGCGUCGUCGUCCGCCGACACGAGCUGCGCCUACCGCGGCACCGAGGGCGAGUGGAUCGAGGCGCUGCACCUGCUGCACCGCAUCAUGCCCCUCCUGCGCAGCAACAGCUGGGAGACGCGCAUCGCCGCCGGCAGCGCCAUCGAGCUCAUCUGCGCGGCAUGCGGCGUCUGGGAUCCGCUCGCGGCCGAGCUCGUCGACGAGAAGAAGGACUUCUCGGCUGCUGCACCAGUCACGCCGCCGGCGGACCUGAUGACCUUCGCCGCCUUCUCGCCGCAAGGCGUCCUGCGUCGCGGCGAGAAGCUGCUGUCCUCGGCAGGCUCGGAGUACGAUGCAUCCUCCAGCCUCAGCGUCGCAGAGCGUCUCGCCUCGGCAAAGCAGGACAUGAAGAAGCUUGGCUUGGGCGCGAUGGCGGGCGAGGAUUUGGAUCUCGGCCUGGACGUCGAGCAGGAGCUGAUGAGCGAAGCGUCGACGUCGCUCAAGGCCGAGCAAAAGCCGCCUGCUGCGCCCUCGCCCAUGAGUCCUCCUGCGCCGUCCGCGCCGACAGACGAGAUCGACCUCAGCAAGCUGAGCGCGCGCGAGCGCAACCAGCUGAAGCGCAAGCGCAAGAUCGCGCCCAGCGGCAGCUCGCAGGAUCUCGCCCCACGUGCACCGGAGAGCAAGACGCGAGUGCUUGACGCUGCCUCAUCGACAAGCGCAUCAUCUCCGUCGGGCGGAAUGCGAACGCAGACGGCCUCCUGGAGCGGCAAGAUGGCCUCUCCGAAGGCCGAGGAUGGCCCCGUCGACCACGCCGCACUCGCCACCUCCGAACAGGAGUGGCCGUUCGAUCUCUUCUCAAAAGUCCUGCUCGCCGAUCUCUUCGCGCCGAAGUGGGAGGUGCGGCAUGGCGCAGCGCUCGGUCUGCGCUCGCUUCUCAGCACUCAAGGCAGCUGCGGCGGCAUGUCAUCAUCUCCGUCGGUGUCGCGCGAGGGCAACGUGCAGCUGCACGCCGCCUGGUGCGCGGACAUGUCCAUCCGUCUGCUGGCCGUACUCUGCCUCGACAGGCUCGGCGACUUCGUCUUCGACCAGGUGGUCACGCCCGUGCGCGAGACUGCCGCGCAGGCGCUUGCGUCGCUCCUCAAGUCCAUGCCCGAGGCUGAGGCUCUCAAGACGCACGCUGCGCUCGUCGAGAUGGUCCGCCAGGACUGGGUGGUGACCGAGGCGGGCCAGCAGGCCGACAUCAAGCCGAGCAGCGGCCUUGCGGCAUGCCGACGGUACAAGGGCUACGCCUGGGAGGUCCGUCACGCCGGCUUGCUGGGCCUCAAGUGGCUGCUCUCGGUGCGCGCCGACCUGCUGCUGAGCUCAAGCGAUGCAAUGUCGGACGAGAAGAGCAGUGCGCAGCCCACUGCCUUGCUGCGUGACAGUGUCGAGCUAGCAAUUCUGAAUCUGCGCGAUGAGGACGACGACGUACGCCACGUCGCGGCACAGGUGCUGAUUCCGGCGGUCGAGCAUCUCGUGGGCGGCAUGACCGCUGAGCUCGCCAGCGUUCUGUCGCAGCUGUGGAGCUGCCUCGAGGACCUGAAGGACGACCUCGCCAGCAGCAUCGGCGGCGUCAUGAACCUGCUCGCUCAGCUGGUGCAGCACCAGAGCGUCAUCGACCAGCUCACGGCUCCGGCGUCACCUGCGCUGUCGAGUCUCAUCCCACGCCUCUUCCCCUUCUUCCGGCACACGAUCACGUCCGUGCGUCUCUCGGUCCUCAGCGCGCUCUGUGUCUUCCUCGAGCACCCUUCAUUGCCGCGCGACUGGAUCGACGCGUCCCUGAUGCGUCUGCUCUUUCAAAACCUCAUCGUCGAGGAGAAGCCGCCGAUCCGUGAGCUGAGCGCCAAGGCCUGGAAGCUGGCGCUGGGCUCCGGAGACGUGGCGCUCAGUCAGAUUCUGGGCCCACACGUCGAGCGGCUCUUCCGCAUCCUCAUGACCCCGCUCGGCUCUCCCUUCGACUUUACGCUCUUCUUCGAGGCCACGAGAUCGAGCAAGCAGAACCAUAACAUCGACAAGCACGUGCUUGCGCAGGACCUGACGCUCAUCGGCGUCGACACGGUCAUUCGAGGACGCAUCGGCGCCGCUGAGGCGCUAGGAGAUGCUAUGGCGCUCUGGACGACCGGCGAUGACUCGUCAGUCUUCGAGCGGCUGCUGACCGAGUACAUUUCGUCGCCCGCAGCCCUGCGUCGCUGUCUUGCAGCAGUGACGAUCCAGCGCUGGGCUGAGUCGUCUAAGGACCGGGGCAUGGCACUGGCGCAGACGAGCACUUCGGCGCAGGCUCUCGCGGCGCAGCUAAUCGGCAUCCUCGAGUCACCCACGCCUGCAACGUACACCGAGAUGGCCGUGAUGCUGCAGCGUAUCCAGGCCGAUUGCCAGGCGCUGUACAGUACCGCGGCGCGAGACCUCAAGAUCGCGCGAGCCUCGGUGCCGGAGCUGCCCUCGAAGGUCGACGCGACAGGCGCUUCUGCCGGUGCAUUCACCAUCGAGACAGCCAAGCACGUCGCGGGAGCCGGCCUGGACGCGCUGCUCGCUCUCAGCACGCUGAGCAAGGCAAAGCUGGAGACCGGCACGACAGCGGCCGAAGAGCGACGGCACCGCCUCGUCGUGGCGAUCGGCUUCUACGCCACGCAGAAGGAGCAACAGGACAACCAGCUGCUUGCAAGCGUGGCCGGCGCCGUCGUCGCGCUCGGCACACUCCCUGCGAAGCUCAAUCCGGUGAUCAGGAGCCUCAUGAACGCCGUGAAGUUCGAAGAGAACCUCGAGCUGCAGACGCGCGCAGCCGCCUCGGUGGUCAGUCUCAUCCAGCUGUGCAGCGAGCCUGGCGCGCGCACGAACCCCUCAGACAAGAUCGUCAAGAAUCUCUGCGCCUUCGUCUGCCAGGACACGAGCAACACACCCAUCUUCGACAGCACCAAGGCGCGCCUGGACGGCAUCCUCUCGCACGAUGAGCCGCCUCCGGCACCAGCGGGGCGCGGUCGUGCGCGUCAGGAAGAAGCCACCGAGAGUGAUGAGGUGCGGCAGAGCAAGCUCAUCAGACGCGGCGCCGAGAUCGCUCUCAGAACGUUGGCUGCGCGCUUUGGGCCCGCUCUCCUCGACGUCGUCCCGGCGCUGUGGAGUUGCAGCACAGCUGCGCUGCUCGACGCCUUCGGCGCAUCGACGCCGAUGCCCGAGUCGCUCGGCCAAGGCGUGCUCGACGCAUGCACGCUGAUCCAAGUCGUCCUGCCGUCUCUGGACGCGAGCUUGCAAGAACGUGCCUCUGCCUUGCUCGACCCGCUGAGCCGCGCGGUGCAGAGUCCUCUGGCGGUCGUGCGCUCUGCGGCAGCCAAGGCGUUGAGCACCAUGGCCGACUGCAUGGCCGAAGUGACCAUGCGCCACAUCGUGCAGGCAAUCCUGCCGCUCGUAGCAGACAUGCACAACGUGCAUCACCGCCAGGGCGCAAUCGAAGUUCUGUCUCAGCUCGUGCGACGCCUCGACAUGAAGCUCCUGCCGUACGUCAUCGUCCUCAUCGUGCCCGUGCUCGGUCGCAUGAGCGACUCGGACGACGCCGUCCGCGCCGUCGCGACGCACACGUUUGCAUCGCUCGUCAAGAUGAUCCCGCUGGAGGCCGGUCUGCCGGACCCUCCUGGCCUCUCGCAAGAGCUCAUGCAGCGCCGCGAGACGGAUCGCAACUUCCUGGCGCAGCUUCUCGACGGCUCCAAGGUCGAGCCGUACGAGCUGCCGGUCAAGAUCAACGCCGAGCUGCGCUCGUAUCAGCGCGACGGCGUGAGCUGGAUGGCCUUUCUCGCCAAGUUCCAGCUGCAUGGCAUUCUCUGCGACGACAUGGGCUUGGGCAAGACGCUGCAGUCGAUCUGCAUCCUGUCUGCGCAGCACUUCGAGCGGGCGCAGCGCUACGCCGCCACCAGCACGCCGGACAACGCGCCGCUGCCCUCGCUCAUCAUCUGCCCGCCGACGCUGACGGGCCACUGGUUCCACGAGAUCAAGCAGUACUCCACGAACCUGCGGCCGCUGCUGUACGCCGGGCAGCCGAACGAGCGGGCGCGCCUGGCGAAGCAGAUCGAGCACCACGAUGCCGUCAUCGCCUCGUACGACGCCGUGCGCAGCGACAUUGCCAUGCUGUCGCAGGUGCACUGGCACUACUGCAUCCUGGACGAGGGUCACAUCAUCAAGAGCGGCAAGACGAAGACGACGCAGGCCGUCAAGCAGAUCCGCGCACAUCACCGCCUGUUGCUCUCCGGCACGCCGAUCCAAAACAAUGUGCUCGAGCUGUGGAGCCUGUUCGACUUCCUCAUGCCUGGCUUCCUCGGCACGGAGCGCGCGUUCAACGAGCGCUUCGGUAAGCCGAUCUCGAACACGCGCGAAGGCAAGUCGAAUGCCAAGGAGCAGGAGGCUGCUGCGCUCGCGCUCGAGGCGCUGCACAAGCAAGUGCUGCCGUUCCUGCUGCGCCGGCUGAAGGACGACGUGCUGGACGACCUGCCGCCAAAGAUCAUCCAGGACAUCGAGUGCGAGCUCGGCCCCGUGCAGAAGCAGCUCUACGACGACUACAGCCGCUCGCAGAAGCGCGAGGAACUCGAGACGGCGCUCGACGGGCAGAGCGGCGCAGAGAGCACGUCUACUGGCGCGACGCACCACGUCUUCCAGGAGCUGCAGUACCUGCGUAAGCUCGUCAACCACCCGCGCCUCGUCUUCGACCCGACGCGGCCCAAGCAUCGCGAGAUCGAGCAGCAGCUGGCCAAGAGCGGCGGCUCGCUGCGCGACAUCGCCCACGCACCAAAGCUCACGGCGCUGCGCCAGCUGCUGCACGACUGCGGCAUUGGCGUGGCGGGCUCGAGCGAGGCCAACUCCUUAGCGGCGGAGGCGGCUGUGGCGCAGCACCGCGUCCUGAUCUUCUGCCAGGUCAAGCAGAUGCUCGACAUCAUCGAGCACGACCUCUUCCGCAGCCACAUGCCCGACGUGACGUAUAUGCGCCUCGAUGGCGGCGUGCCGGCGGAGAAGCGCCACGGCAUCGUGCAGACGUUCAACGCCGACCCGAGCAUCGACGUGCUGCUGCUCACGACGCAGAUCGGCGGCCUCGGUCUCACGCUCACGGGCGCCGACACGGUCAUCUUCGUGGAGCACGACUGGAACCCGAGCAAGGACCUGCAGGCCAUGGACCGCGCGCACCGCCUCGGCCAGAAGAAGGUCGUCAACGUGUACCGGCUCAUCACGCGUGACACGCUCGAGGCCAAGAUCAUGGGCCUGCAGCGCUUCAAGCUCAACGUGGCGAACUCGGUCGUCACGCAGCAGAACGCGGGCCUCGAGAGCAUGGAGACGGACCAGGUGCUCGACCUCUUCGGCAGCGGAGCGGCGCCCGGAGACGAGGGCAAGGGCGCGCGCAGCGGCGGCAAGGGCAUCAGCCAGAAGGCGCUCCUGGCGGCCAUCGAGGCGGCGCCGGACACGGGCGAUGACUAUGCGGCAGCGGGAGACUGGAAGGCGUGAGGCGGGACAGCGAGCGAACGAGCCCGACGUCACCCUCGACUGUAGCAACAAUCUAAUCGGCCGGCGGCAGCAAAAUGCCGCCCACCAUACACCGCGCUUUCGC